AUGCAUUCCAUCCUCACUUUAAUAACGCUGCUUUGCGUGCCGUCUGUCCUUGGCAACAUUCUCAACCCAGCGGUAGAAGUCGGCGCUUCAUAUCCGGCUCCAACCUCGCCCCCUAUACUCGCCGCCAGGGCAGACAGAGCAUCAGUACAAUCAUGCCUCAACUCUCUGGCUAGUCAAUUACAACCACCAGCGCCCAGCGACUCCCGCAUCUCUUCAAUUCGCGGUCAGAGUUGCACCAUCACUGCAGCGGCAUCACUGUCCUCGCCACUAAUCAGCUACGUUUCUGUCAUCAAGACGUACCUCAACACCAUUGAAUCCAAGGCAAAGGAGAUUCACACGGACUGCGGAGCAGACAAGGCCAGUGUCAGACUACCGAUGCCGUGCGGCAAGUCUGUUGAGCUCGUGUUCACAAGCGCCAACAGUACGUCGACAACUACGGUGGAGAUGCCGAACAACUCUCCGACAACUAUUGUGCUUCACAAUUCUGCGGAGGGUCAAUCAUCUCGUGUGGCUUUUGCUAUGGUUGCUUCAGCUGUGGUGGGAUGCGCGAUGUUGCUCUUGUAA